GUAAACUCAAACACGAUUGACAGACAAACAUUGGAGUAAAUAGUUGAUUUGCUGUUACACCAUUUGAUAAGUGCAGUUUAUACAAGUAAAAUUCGUUAUAAUUCGGGGAAAUUACUCAUCACAACAGUAGAAAUCGACAAUGGCUCUUCGUGCACAGUUUGAGAAUAAUGACGAUAUAGGGGUAUUCAGCAAACUAACAAAUUCAUACUGCCUUGUUGCAAUAGGAGGAUCGGAAGCAUUCUACAGUGUUUUCGAGUCAGAACUGGCCGACACUAUCCCGGUUGUACACGCCAGCAUUGCCGGAUGCAGAAUCAUUGGCAGAUUGUCAGUUGCAAAUAAGAAUGGCCUCAUCGUACCGGGUAGCACCACAGACGUCGAAUUGCAACACUUGCGUAAUUCACUACCGGAUUCAGUCAAAAUUCAGCGCGUAGAAGAACGUCUAUCCGCUCUGGGCAAUGUAAUCGCUUGUAACGACUAUGUUGCCCUAGUCCAUCCAGAUAUUGACAGAGAAACUGAGGAGAUUGUGGGUGAUGUGCUCGGAGUAGAGGUCUAUCGACAAACUGUGGCCAAUAAUGUGCUUGUUGGAGCAUAUUCCGUGCUGAGUAAUCAGGGUGGGUUGAUCCAUCCGAAAACUCCCACAUCGGAGCUAGAUGAGCUGGCAUCGUUACUUCAAAUCCCACUGGUGGCUGGGACAGUGAAUCGUGGUUCAGAAGUUCUUGCGGCAGGCGUUGUCGUUAACGAUUGGUGUGCUUUCUGUGGGAUGACUACAACUUCAACCGAAUUAUCGGUGGUUGAAAGUGUCUUCAAACUCAACGAAGCGCAACCGGCGGGUGUAACGAACAACUUGCGAGCGUCACUUAUUGAAGCAAUGUCGUAAUUUUAAAUAAAAAGUUAAUUCAAAAUCGAGGACGAGAAUGGAAAAUCUACAUUAAUGUUACAAAACCCCAAAAAACAAAUGAUAAACUACAAGCAUAUUUAGUAUUCGCAUUAUAUACGAAUUUCGUAAUAAUAAUAAAUGAAUGUAAAAUACGCUGUUUUACUAGAAAUAUUUGGGAACUGUCAACGCAAACUGA